UGUCGGUGCAGUCGGUGCAGUGGUGCAGUUUUGUUGAUUGAGCCGCAGUUUUCGAAUUAUUGAUUUUUUUCACAGUGUAUAUAAAUAUAUGAUUUUUUAAGGGACUCAGUUUGGUUCGAGUUUGGUGAUAUCGAUUACAUGAUUUAGUCCGUGAAGAUUGAAAACUUCCGUGGUGGUUAGAAAAUGUUUGUAUCUCUCUCCCAUCAUGGACAUGAACGCAGUUGUGUUGGUAACGUAGGAACUGGUUUUUCAAGCGCUAGUCAGCAUUGCAAGCAUUUUGGAUUGUCUGGUGGUGCCUUUGCUGUGAGGAAUCAAGCAUUUGAGUGCUUAAGCAACAACAAUUUACCAAAGUUGGCUCAUCCGCAAAACUUCCGGGUGAGGAAGUUAAAGACCAUACACCGUGCACACCACUGGAACUCCAAAAGUGCAUCCAAGCUUACGGUGACAACCGCUGACAUCGAAGUUUUCUUCCGUUUACUAGAGGACAGCGUGGUGGCGGCCUUUCUCGAGAGAGACACGUGUCGCCGCUAUGCCGACAAGUACUUGGUCGCCAUGGUGUUCACCUACUUCAUCCGCGCCAACUACAGCUGGCGCCAGUACACCCGCUACAACUUCUUCGUCGGACUGUACCUGGCCCACGACAUGGAGGAGGACGAGGAGGAGUACAAGUUCGAGGUGCUGCCGUGGCUGUACGGCGACGGCUGGCGACGCCGCUACCCCGUCCUCCUGCGACAUCGAGACGCACUCUGGAGGCAGAUCGGAUACCGCGCCGUCGUCAGCCGAAAAUGCUGCGACGAGGUGAUGUCGAUCCGCCCCCACCACCCGGUGUGGCAGCGCACGCGUCCCGACCACCACAGCGGCGCGUUCAGGGAGUACCAGAACCCUGACAUCGUACUCGGCCCGUUCGGGCCGCACCGCCUGCCGCCCGUCUGUCGGCUGUGUGUUCCUGAGGAGGAGGUGGUCAGCGACGACUCUGGCGUGGCCUACCUGUCCGACCUGUCGCCCCCAGGUGCCCCCGUCAGCGAGCCAGGUGGCGCUGAUGGGGCCGACGGCGGCUACCCAGGCCAGAUGGAGCUGUCCGACUCCCUGCUGUCACCGGCUGUCGCAGAGGAGGCCGGGGGACACCCCUCGCCCCCCGCCGGAGCGGACACCUUCCCCUCAGCCUCUGUCGAAGAGAGGGACUCUCGUGGGGCUGCGCUGCCGCUCUCUGGUGCCACUGUCGUCGGAUGAGGAGGGUGGAUGGACUGAGGAAGCCUGAUAGGCUGGCUGUGAUGGAGGGAUGAGUCUGAUGAUGUGAUCGCCUUGAGGUGAUGGGGAGAUCAGGAUGAUGGGACUGGCUGUGGCGGGGGACUGGAGACUGGGAGUUGAGUGAAGUUUGCACUGGUCCGUGAAGUCUGAGUCGAGAAGAAGUUGAUGGAUGCCAAAGGUGACUUGUGAUCGUGGUGGGCUGACAGAUCGACUUUGUGAUAACAGGAAAUGACAGACUGUGGUGACAGACGGACAGACUGUGUGUUGCUGAAUGAUAGGGACAGUUCGCUCCUGGCUGGCGCUUCUGACCCACUGGUUGUUCCGAGGCGUUCUUGGAUGUGCUCCUUUGAACGCGCUUCUGCUGCUUGAUUCUUGUUCUUGGGCGGCUUGGAAUACGUGACCUUGUUGUUCGUUGUUGUUGAUGUACUCAUAUUUAUAAUCGUCCGGCUUGUCUAACAGCGCCGGCGGUGGCUAUUUAUUUCAUCAAUUAUUUCGUAUUUGUUCCCGUAGGGUAUGAAGUGUGUUUGUAGAGUUACCUAGUUGUUAUCUACCUGACAGUCGCAGUUGGAGGACAGCUAAGUCUCCGGAGAUCGGUUGGUUUGCCACGGUGAGCUAGUGUUAUGUGAGGUCAUAAAACAUGACAGUGGUUCAGCCAUUGUUUCGUAAUAGUAGCGAUUCCAAGAAGUGACAUGACUUUCAUCCCUACCGCGCGGCACUUCAACGUUGAAACUGGUUGCGUUAAAUACAAAUGUUGAUUUACAUGAAACUUAUUGGUCCGUUUUAAUACAUAUUUCAUGGAUGUUGAUAAACGACAAUAUCAUUCAACCAUUCAUCUGAACCACGCUGUUCACUGGAUGAUAGUGGGCAGGAAGAGCUUACAUAGAUCAAUCGAUUGGUGACGUUAUAAUCUUCAUUUGCGUUAUUUUAUGCAACAAAUACAAACAUGAUCAUACCCUGUUA